ACCCAUGUUUUCCUUCCAUUCUCGCACACUCAAUACUGACUAGCCCAGAAUUAAGCUAAUCAGAAACAAAAAAAUUCGACGUAAAUAAGGCCUUGAUUAGUGGGCUUCAAAUAUGUCGAAAAUGAAGGCACUAAAUCUGGCUAGUUUACUUGUGUUUUCCACUUUGGUCAUGUUUUCUGAGAGUCGAGUGGCAAGAAAGGACUUGGGAUUGAAUUUGGGUGGGGUAGGUAUUGGUGCUGGAAUUGGAAUUGGAAUUGGAUUGGGAGGAGGUGGUUCAGGGUCUGGUGCAGGUGCGGGAUCUGGUUCAGGGUCUAGCUCUUCAUCCAGCUCCUCCAGCUCUAGUUCUAGUUCUAGUUCAGGAUCUGGAGGAGGUGGAUCAGAAGCAGGUUCAUCUGCUGGUUCUCAUGCUGGAUCUGGUUCAGGAGGUCGGGGUGGUGGUAAUGGUGGUGGAGGAGGAAGAGGGGGAGGUGGAGGCGGUGGACGUGGAGGUGGAGGUGGAGGAGGGUCUGGUGAGGGUUCAGGCGAAGGAAGUGGAUAUGGGUCUGGUUAUGGAGGUGGUGGUGAUUGAAAAUAAGCAAAUUUCAUCUUUUUCUUGAGGGUGAAAUCAGAUAUAUAAAAUUUAAUAUUUUGUUUGUUUUAAGGUUGUGUGUACUUGGGUUUGUGUCAUCAAGUAAUUGUAACUUGUGUAUAGAAUAAUGCAAAAUAUAUAAACAACUGUACAUGCAAAAAAGCAUAUGUUGUUUAAUGUAUGUUUUACUUGUACGUUUUGUGCCAAUAAUAUUGGGAUGUAAUUGUUGUUAUA